GCAUCCAACAUCAUCAACUAUAUUUCUCUCUUAUUUACUUCCUCAUAAUCUUGAGCAGUAUAUUAUCAUAAUGGGUGUAUACACAUUCACCAUCAUCGACGAAACCAGUUCUGCUGCACCAGCACGUCUGUUUAAGGCCCUGUGCAUUGACAACCACAAUCUUUUCCCCAAAGUGGUACCUCAUAUCAUUAAAAGCAUAGACGUUGAAGGAGAUAUCUAUGCUGUUGGAAGCAUCAAACAAUUUAAUUUUGCGGAAGGGAGUCCAUACAAGUAUGUGAAAGGGAGGCUCGAUAUGCUUGAUGUGGAUAAUCACCACGUGAAGUACACAAAUUUUGAGGGUGAUGUUCUUAAUAAUUUAUUGGAAUGUGUUGUUUAUGAAUCCAAGAUUGAAUCAUCUGGUUCAGGAAGUCACUAUAAAAUGGUUGGUCAUUUCCACACCAAGGGAGAUGCAGUUGUUACAGAGGAGGCUGUUAAGGGUGGCCUUCUAAGCAUGCAGAUGACCUACAAGGCUGUCGAUGAGUAUCUUUCCAACAACCCACAAUAUGCUUAAAGACUAUACUAUCAUCCAAGUGCUUCCUAAUCCAUAGAAAGUGAAUUAUAUUUGCAUUAUGUCUUGUUGUAUUUGCAAUUUUUUUUCUUUCCUUCUAAUAAAGAUGUGUGACAAUGACUUGUUUGCUUGAGAGUUAUAUAAUAAAUAUCACAAUUGUAUGA